CAACCCACAAGCACACAUACACACAGAGAGGGAACGAAGCAGUAAUAAUCAAUCAACCAGCCAUGAAGGGAAGCGGCACCGCCGUCGUGCUGAUUCUCUCGCUCGCAGUCCUCCUCGUCCUGGGCGCCGCCGUCGCCGACGACGCCAUCAUUCGCCUCCACUCCGAUGCGGUGACGGAGGAGACGAGGCCGUGGGACUGCUGCGACCACCCCGUGUGCACCAAGAGGAGCUGGUGCGGCUGCAAGGACGUCGUCGAUCAGUGCUUCCCCACCUGCAAGAACUGCAAGCCGGCGAAGCGAGCGGACGAGUCGGCCCCUUCCGGCUACAUGUGCCGGGAGACCUACCACGGCAGUCCCGGGCCCAAGUGCAUGCUCUGAUUCUGAUAUCCGUUUGUUGUUCAAGAGAUGGGCUGUGCUAGCUGCUGUAUGUGAUGUUGUAGCACUACUACGCUAGCUGCUGGUGAGCCUAGCUGUACGGCAGCGAUUGAAUAAGAUUUGGACACUUACCUUCUUA